AUGACUCAGGGACAAUCACUACUUAUUUCUAUCAAUAGAAAGUGUUGUGUCAAUAGCGCAGCCAAGAUCUCGCCAAUCGUUAACUUCCAAGAGGAGAAGCUCCAGAAAGCGGCAGCCAGGAAGCCUCCGGCAGCGAAACCCCAGCUUUCCCCGCGUGGUUCCGCGGGGCCGGAGCUGGUCCCGGGUCCGAGCCGCGCCGUCUCCUCCGCAGCUGCUCUUCCUUGCUCUAGGGCGCGGGGCCGAGUGCUUCCGGCACCCCGGAAUCCCUGUGGCCAAACGGAGUCUGGACCACUAGGAAGACGCCAGCAGGUGUCCGCAGGCCUCUCGGAAGCAGCGCGGGCGGCGGCGGGGCGGUGUGAGCACCGCAGGGCGGCGAGCCCAGCGACCCGCCGGCGCGCGAGUUCCGGCUGCAACCUCGCUGGCGCCUCCCGGAGCGCGCGGAGACCUUGCUCGGGCGCCGCGCCGCGUCCAGGCGGCCUCCGGGCGUGGCGCCCGGGACCAAACUUCCAGGGAGGAGCGGUGGAGUGUAAGGAGUGUUUCUGGAAGACUCCAGCGUCUGCGACUCCUCCAGCGGCGCGGGUUCUCGCCGCCCAGGCAGGCGCGGGCCCGGAGCGCGCUGGGAACAGCGGCGCGCGCCCUGCUGGUCCCUCCCCUUUGCGAGCCGGCGAUCGUGCGGAGGUCAACACUGAGGUCAGCUGUGCCGGGGCCGGGCGUGCACUGGGGGGCUGCACGGGGAGAACGCAGCGGCCGCGAGCCCGCGCCGGGAGGCGGCGGAGGAGCGCAGAGAUGCCAGCGAGGGCCUUGCGAUCUGCACGCCCCUGCCGGUGGCGGUCCGCAGCAGCCCAGGGUGCUACCUACCCGGCCUGUGCGGUGUUCCCUCCAGACUGCCCGGCUCUGACUCAGGGCGGGACUUGAUGGAAAAGAAGUUUCUAAACAAGCAACACAGUUUCUCCAACUUAUUGGAGGAGCUGCCUAGAGGUCGAGCAACAAAAACCAGCCAAGGUUUUCCUGCAAUUGACAGUGUUAUUGAAACCUGGGAA